UAAGGAAGACGCAAAGCUGGCGCUGUUGGUCUGGAGACAUGCGACAGAAAGAGAGCACGCCUUCAACAGCAGACGAUCAACGUAAAGCUUUGUUCGACAUAAGCGGCAGCUUUUAGUCCUGCGAGCGCCCUGCGCGUAACUCUCGCAGUGAGGCGCAUGCCAUGGAGAUCUAUGGAUGACAAGACCUGCGCGCUGCGGGUUGCUCUCAGCAUCUACAGGGAUCUCUAACGUGGAACAUGGCGAGAUGGAUGAGAGGACCUCAUCUCCUCGCUUUGUCUUUUACGUUUUCGAUUGCACUUUUCAGGGAAACAGAGGGACAAGAACCUUUUAACAGGUUAACAGGUUUCAGUUUGAGUCCGCCGUAUUUCAACCUAGCUCAGUGGUCUAGUAUCUCGGCCACAGCGACCUGCGGACAGGAUGAGGCUGGGUCACCGAGGAAUGACUUAUACUGUAAGCUUGUCGGAGGACCGACCACCGGACCUCCUACUCAAAAUAUACAGGGUCAGUUCUGUGACUACUGCAACUCCAUUGACCCAAACAAAGCCCACCCGGUGACCAACGCCAUUGAUGGGACUGAGCGAUGGUGGCAAAGCCCGCCUCUCUCCAGGGGCAUGGGCUACAAUGAGGUGAAUGUAACCCUGGAUCUUGGGCAGCUCUUCCAUGUGGCAUACGUCCUCAUCAAGUUUGCCAUUUCACCUCGCCCUGAACUGUGGGUGCUGGAGCGCUCUGUGGAUUAUGGAAGAACCUUCACCCCCUGGCAGUAUUUUGCAUAUUCAAAGCAUGAAUGCACUGAAAGGUUUGGAAAGCAGCCCAAUUCCCGCAUAGUGAAUGAUGAUGAUCAGCUCUGCACGACAGAGUACUCGCGAAUUGUGCCUUUGGAGAAUGGAGAGAUUGUGGUGUCCUUGGUCAACCGUCGGCCGGGUUCCAAAAACUUCACCUACUCGCCAGUGCUGCGUGAUUUCACGAAAGCCACUCACAUCCGCCUGCGCUUCCUCCGCACCAACACCCUGCUGGGACACCUCAUCGCCAAGGCACAGAGUGACCCAACUGUCACACGCAGGUAUUACUAUAGCAUCAAAGACAUCAGCAUUGGUGGACGCUGCAUUUGUCACGGGCAUGCGCAGGUGUGUGGGAGGAGAAACCAAGACAAUUCAUACAGACGCCAGUGUGAAUGCCAACACAACACCUGCGGUGAGUCAUGUGAUCGCUGCUGCCCAGGUUUUAAUCAGAAGCCAUGGCGUGCCGCAACUGUCGACAGGCCGAAUGAGUGUCAACCCUGCCAGUGUUUCUCCCAUGCCUUCGACUGUUAUUACGACCCAGAGGUGGAAAGGAGGGGAGCAAGUUUAGACACCUUCGGCAGGUACGACGGAGGAGGAGUGUGCAUCGACUGCCAGCACAAUACAGCUGGAGUGAAUUGUGAGCGAUGUAUCGAAGGCUUCUACAGACCUUAUGGGAUACCUCCAGAGUCUCCUAAUGGAUGCAUACCAUGCAGGUGUGAGGAAAGGACUACAUCUGGCUGUGAAAUGGGGUCUGGAAGAUGUAUCUGUAAACCACAGUUUGCUGGAGAAAACUGCAAUAGCUGUGCUGAGGGAUACUAUUACUACCCCGAUUGCAUUAGAUAUCCCAUAUACCCGGCAACUACUGAAUCUCCUAUUGUGGGUAAGUUCAAGUGUAUAUGUGACUACAGAGGGACGGUGUAUAGUGUGUGUGAUGCUUCAGGGAGCUGCUUGUGCCGUGCGCAUGUGGAAGGGGAGCAAUGUGACCGCUGUCAACCUGGACACCACUCCUUCCCAGACUGCCAGGCGUGUCUCUGUGAUGGGGCUGGUGUGGCUGACUAUGUCUGCAGUCCAAGUGGACAAUGCAUUUGCCUCCCCAACUAUGGGGGACAGGAGUGUAACGAAUGUGCUCCAGGCUACUAUGGAUACCCAGAUUGUGCUGCCUGCCAAUGUUCGCCUAAAGGCUCGUAUGGCAAUACGUGCAACCCACUGUCGGGUCAGUGCCUGUGUCUGCCAGGGGUGGUGGGCCAGCAGUGUGACCGCUGUGCCUCUGGACUCAGGUUCCCCCAGUGCUCAGCUUCCAUCAGUCAGUGUAACGCAGCAGGAACCGAGGUCUCCGAUCCGCAAACGGGCUUGUGCCACUGUCUGCCAAAUGUAGAGGGAACCAUGUGCAACAGGUGUAAACCUCUUUACUGGAAUCUGGCUAAAGGCAACCCCCAUGGCUGUAUAGAGUGCCAGUGUGAUUUGAAAGGGACCCUGAGUGGUGUUGCAGAGUGUGAACAGCAAAGUGGACGGUGUCACUGUAAGCCUAAUGCAUGUGGACAUUCAUGUGACUCUUGUGAGGAUGGAUACUUCCUGCUGCAGAAAAGGAAUUAUUUUGGCUGUCGAGGCUGUCAGUGUGAUGUAGGUGGUGCCAUUGACAUGGCGUGUGAUGAGAUGUCUGGACAGUGCCGGUGUUGGAAGAGCAUAGUUGGCCAUAAAUGCACUGAGCCAGCAGCAGGCUACUAUUUUCCUACCUUGCACCAACUGAAGUUUGAGGUGGAGGAUGGUACAACGCCAAAUGCCAGACCAGUACGUUUUGGUUAUAACCCCCAAGAAUUCCCAGAUUUCAGUUGGAGAGGUUACGCUGUUAUGUCCCCUGCACAGAGUGAAGUCAGAGUAACAGUGCAUGUUGACCUAAAAGAUGGGAGGCAGAACUUGUUCCGUGUGGUUCUGCGGUACAUUAACCCCAGCAGUACAAGCGUGACUGGUAACAUAAGGGCUACCAAUAACAGAGGCAUUGCAGGGUCAGAUCAGAGUAAGGAAGUAAUAUUCCCUGAAAGUCGCUCCCCAUCCUUUCUCACUGUCCCAGGAGAGGGCUUUGCUGAGCCUUUUGCUCUGACUCCAGGGAAAUGGCUCAUAUACAUCAGGGCAGAGGGCGUCCUGCUGGACUAUUUAGUGCUGCUGCCCCGGGAUUACUAUGAGGCGCCUCUGCUGCAGAAAACGAUCACCCAGCCCUGCACAUAUUUACCUACUGUAAACAGAAAUGCAAACUGUCUGUUAUAUAAGCAUGUGGCCAUGGAUGGGUUCAGCUCUGCACUUGGCUCACAAGGAAGACUCUCCAACCGCGGCAGACGUAGGAGAAGACAAGUUCGUGUGCGGCGUCCCACCCCAGAUCACCCAGAGAUGGCUGCCCUCAAUGGCAAACAGUCUCAGCUGGAGCUCAGUCUGCGUGUGCCACGCCCUGGUCCAUAUGCCCUUGUCCUGGAGUAUGCCAGUGAGGUUGAUGCUGUCCAGAAUGUCAACAUACUCAUCAGUGGCCAGUCAGGUGGUCAUGUCCCUGCCAGAGCUAACAUUUACAGUUGUGCUUUCAGCUUUUUGUGCCGGAGCGUGGCAGUGGACAGCAGUAAUCAGGUGGCAGUUUUACAGCUUAUUCACAGGACAGAACUUCUCCUGCAAACUUCCACAACCUCAUUACUGCUGUACAAAGUGUAUGCAGUGCCUACUGAGGAGUUCUCAAUUGAAUAUGUCGACCCCAAGGUGCUCUGUACCUCCACUCAUGGCCGCUUCACUGAAGACACUCGGCAUUGUGUUCCGAGGCAGUUUGACAAGCCAGCCUCAGCCUGGAUUUUGUAUGCGGCCCGUGAUGGGCGGCUUUCGUCCACACCAGCUGUUACUUCUGAACAAAGACAGCAUGAGGAGUGGAGACAGAGACGACAGUCCAGGGUGUUCCCUGGCCUUGAAGCUCAGAAUGAUGGGGUGCUUCUUAAAUUCCCACAGACGGAGAUCAUUUUCACUCCCAGGGUGCCCCUGCCUGGCAGGUAUGUGGUUGUGGUCCAUUAUCACCAGGUCAGAGUGGAUGCAGGGCAUGACUGGAGGGGUUUAAUAAAUGCAUCCUUCUGCCCUGCACUCUCGGGCUGCAGGAAGGUUGUUAUUGCAAAUGGGCACAUUGCCCUUGACUUUGACCAGAGUUCUUGGCGGCCGCCCAGCAUCUCUGUGAUUGUGCCACCUAGGAAGACCCUUAUUCUGAACUAUAUCUUGUUGGUUCCUGAUAGCAGUUACUCUCCAGCUCUCCUGAAAGAGAAGCCACUGGAUAAGUCUGCAGAUUUCACACAGCUAUGCAGAGGAGAAGGGUUCUAUAUUGACCCCAGAACUUCUUCACAGUUCUGCAGAGACUCUGCCCGCUCCCUUGUAGCAGCGUAUAACAGCGGAGCUCUGCCUUGCAACUGUGACACAUCUGGUUCCACAGGGACCACCUGUGACCCAGUUGGAGGACAGUGUCCAUGCAGGCAGCACAUCAUUGGUCGACAGUGCAUAAAGUGUGCAACGGGUUACUAUGGCUUCCCCUACUGCAGACCAUGUGAGUGUGGUCGCCGACUGUGUGACGAGGUGACAGGACGCUGUAUCUGCCCUCCUCAGACGGUCAAACCAGCCUGUGACGUGUGUCAGGACCAGACUUUCAGCUAUCACCCUCUGCUCGGCUGUGAGGGCUGUGAAUGCUCUCCGAAUGGCAUCCAAUCAGGACCCGACUGUGACCGCAUCACUGGCCAGUGCAGUUGCAAGCCUAGGAUUGGGGGUCGUCAGUGCGAUCGCUGUGCUGCAGGUUAUUAUCGCUUCCCUGACUGUGUACCUUGUAACUGUAAUCGAGGUGGUGUCACACCUGACGUGUGCCACCCGGACACAGGGAGGUGUCUCUGCAAAAGAAACGUCGCCGGCCCCAGGUGUGAUACCUGCCGGGAAGGUUCCUUUUAUUUUGACCCCUCCAACCCUCAUGGCUGCACCAGCUGCUUCUGCUUCGGGGCAACUGACCAGUGUCAGAGCUCUAGCAAACGCAGGGCGAAGUUUGUUGAGAUGCAGGGCUGGCGCUUGGAAAGUCCUGACCAGGAGGAGAUUCCCUCUGUGCUGAACACAGCCAGUAACACAGUGGUGGCAGACAUCCAGGAGCUUUCUUCCACAGUUCAGACUCUACACUGGGUGGCACCACCAUCCUACCUGGGAGACAGGGUUUCAUCUUAUGGUGGUUUUCUCACCUACCAGUCCAAAUCCUUUGGAAUUCCCAGUGAGGGCAUGACUCUGAUGGACAGAAGACCUGAUGUUGUGCUGACUGGUCAGGAUAUGACUCUAGCCCACAUGGCUCCACAAAUGCCACUUCCAGAUAGGGUGUACCAGGGCCGAGUCAGGCUCGUGGAGGGAAACUGGCGCCAUGCUAUCACCAACAGGCCGGUGUCCAGAGAGGAACUGAUGAUGGUCCUAGCCGGCCUGGUGGGCCUUAGGAUCCGAGCCUUGUACUUCACUCAGAGCCAGCGGCUCAGCUUAGGUGAGGUUGGCCUGGAGGAGGCCACCACCACAGGGACUGGAGGUCCAGCAAACACUGUGGAGAGUUGUUCCUGCCCCCCUCAGUACACCGGAGACUCCUGUGAGAAAUGUGCUCCUGGUUUCUACAGAGAUGGCAGUGGGCCCUACGUGGGCCAGUGUGUGCCCUGUGAGUGCAACGGUCUGGCUGAUAUGUGUGAAGACAGCACAGGGAGGUGUCUGAACUGUAAAUACAACACAGCUGGGGACCAAUGUGAACGCUGCAAAGAAGGUUACUAUGGAAACGCAGCUAAGAGGACAUGCAGCGUGUGCCCGUGCCCAUUUGCCACACCCACGAACAGUUUUGCAAUAGGUUGCAGUGAGGUCUUUGGAAAAUUCCAGUGUAUAUGCAGAGCAGGUUACACCGGUGAUAGCUGUGAGAGAUGUGCUCCUGGUUACUAUGGUGAUCCAGUGAGGCCAGGAGGAAGUUGUAGACCCUGUAAUUGCAAUGGCAAUGGUAACAACUGUGAUCCCCAGACUGGAGUUUGCAAGAACACACUGGAGCCAGGAGACAUAGACACAGACGACUGCCAUGAGUGUGAUAACUGUGCCCAAACGUUACUGCAAGAUCUGGAGAAACUGGAUGAUGAGCUGGUAAAGAUCAAGGCUGAGCUGGACAAAGUCACUGCCAGUGCCUCCUCUCAAGACCGGCUAAAGAAGCUGGAGAAAGCUGUGGCAGAUACCAAGAGUCUUGUCAACAAAUUCAGCUCUGCCAUCAACACCCAGCAGUCCAGAGUCAACCAGCUGAACACGGACACAAUCACUCUCACAGAUGACAUCAACGCCCUCAAAGAUAAGGCAGAUAAAACGGCUGCUGAUGCAGACAAGGCAGUGGCACAAGUAGGGGAAACAUACAAGAGCGCCAAGGAUCUGGACUUGGAGAUUAAAAACAUGCUCAAAAAAAUCCAAGCUCUGCUGGACCAGCUGAAGGAUGGCACCAGCGGUGGGAUUGUGCCCAGUGAAAGCCUUGAUAAAAUGCUAAAAGAAGCUCAGCGCAUGGUGAAGGACAUGGAAAACAGGAACUUCACCCCUCAGAAGACAGCUGCUGAGAAAGAAAGGGACGAGGCCAUGAAACUGCUCGACUACAUCAAGGCAAACGUUAGUAAGCAGUGUGACCAGAAUGAGGCUGCAGCAGAGAAGAUUCGGGGGCUUCUUAACAAUUACGAGGCCAAGCUGAAGGACCUGGACAAGGCUCUGAAGGAGGCCGUAGACUUGGUGAAAACAGCCAAUGCCCAAAAUGGACUCAACACUAAGGCAAUGGACGAUCUGCAGAAACGUAUCGAUGACUUAAAAAAGGAGCGUAAGACUGUUGAGGACCAAAUGGCCAUAGCAGAGAAUGAACUGCAGAAAACGGAGGAUUUGGUGAAAAUGCUCACCGACAGUAAAAAGGAUUAUGAACAGCUGGCAGCACAGCUGGAUGGUGCCAAGAUGAACCUGACCGCAAAGGUGAAUGAAAUUUCCAAGGCAGCAGGCCACGAGGACCUUGUGGUGGCUGCAGAGAAACAUGCUAAGGAACUGGACAAGCUGGCAAAGGAUUUAGAGGAUACUGUGAAGAAUGCAAGUGGACGUACAGAAGUGCGUAAUGCCAGAGACGCAAUCGAAGCCUACAAGAACAUCACAGAUGCCAUUAAUGCUGCUGAGGCUGCGGCUAACGAGGCCAAAGAUGCAUCAGAGAAUGCCUUGAAUAAUGUAAAGAACCAGAAGCUCACAGAACGAGCAAAAGAUCUGAAGCAGAGUGGUGACGACCUGCUGCAGGAUGCGCAGGAGGCAAAGGAAAACCUUCAGGAUUCUACCAAUGACAUUAAUGAGCUGAAGAAGCGCCUGAAGAAUGCUGACAGUAAGAAGAAAGCUCUUGAGAAAGAUCUGCUUGAUACACAGAACCAACUGAAUGACAUCAAAAGAGACGACAUUGGUAAUAUGAUUGAUGAAGCCAAGAGGAAGUCAGCUUUAGCCAAUGACACAGCCAGCAACACUAUGGACAAACUGGAUGCCAUCAAAAAGGAAAUUGCCAAGAUCAGUAUCACACCUGUAGACUCCAACGUAGAUGGUCUACUGGACAGCGUGGACAAGACAGUGAAGGAUUUAUUGAAUGCCAUCCCAUCACUGAAUAAAAAAAUCUCAGAGGUGGAGAGCUUGACCACACAGUUUUCACCCAUCAGCAAUGUAUCUGAGAACAUCAAGAAGAUCAAAGAGCUCAUUGAACAAGCCCGGGACGCAGCUAACAGGAUUGUGAUCCCGAUGAAGUUUACAGGGGAAGGUCAUGUAGAGUUGCGACCACCGAAGAAUCUGGAGGAUCUGAAGGCCUAUACAGCCCUGUCUCUGUCACUGCAGAGACCCCUAGGCAGUGGAGAUAAUAGACGCAGACGCAGACAGGCCAGAGCCAGCGGAGACAUGUUUGUGUUGUACCUUGGCAGCAGAGAUUCUUCUAAGAACUACAUAGGUAUGUAUCUGAAGAACAACGUGCUGUUCGGUGUGUACAAGCUCAACGGAGAAGAGUACCAGAUCAAAGCGGGUUACAUCACCAGGUCUGCUCCUGAGUCGGCCAGGUUUGAUAGAGUGGACCUACACAGAAUUUAUCAAGAUGCAGAGAUGAUCCUCACCAAAGAUAUCUCCUCAACCACACCAAAGGACCCAAUUCAGAACAGUCAGCAGGGAAACAGUAAUAAGAACCUUCUGGACCUCAGCCCCGGUGAUGUUGUUUUCUAUGUUGGCGGCUACCCUUCCAACUUCACUCCACCAGCUCUUCUCAACUACCCCAUGUAUGAUGGCUGCAUUGAGUUCUCCUCCUUUAAUGACAAAAUCGUCAGUCUCUAUAAUUUCCAACAUGCAGAGAAAAUUAAUUUGGAGACUCCAUGCAAGAGAUAUGUACCGCCAAAGGAUUCUACCUACUAUGAAGGCACUGGAUACAGCAAAGUGGUUAUAGAUAAAGCAUCUUCCAACGUCCUCAUCAGCAUGUCCAUAUUAACUCGUUUAGAAAAUGGCCUGCUCUUGUACAUGGGAACUGAGGACAAAUACUUCACUGUGACGAUGGAGAAGGGCUUCAUUUUUAUACGUAGUAAUUUGAUUAACUCACCAGCUACAAAUAACAAGAAAUUCUCGGUAAAUGUGUUAACAGAAAUCCUCAUCAUUUUCCAAAAAACUGGAAAAAUUUUAGCCCGCACAACCACUGAGGGUGAAAUGGCUGCAGCCCAAGCUGAAUUCAACACUGAUGAAUUUAAAGAAUUUUAUAUUGGUGGCGCACCACAAGACGUCAGGGAAAGAUAUAACAUCACCAUACAACCAUUCAAAGGAUGCUUGAGUAAUCUGAAGCUGAAUAAAGACUUUAAAGCUGUAGAUGAAGAGGUGGGCGUUAGCAAAGAUUGUCCAUUGGAGUCUUUGGGCUCUCGCAAUGCAGAGUUCAGCCUGGGGAGCUACCUGGCUGCUAAACUCGAUGGCUUUAACCUGGCUAACGACGCUACUGUCUCUCUUGGAUUCAAGAGCACAGAGAAUCAGGGUCUCAUUCUGCAGGACAAACAGCAGGCUAAUGGGAUUAAUCUUGCAUUGGAUAAUGGCUACGUGAUUCUCAGUUUCAACGAUAAGAUGUGGAAAUCUAAUAAACAAUAUCAUGAUGGCCAGUGGCAUUACCUGACUAUAAACAGAAGAGCUGGAAGGACUGAGCUGCUUAUUGAUGAUGAAGAUGCGGGACAGGAGCAGAGCGGCAGCACACCCAUACCAAACACAAAUGACCUAAUGUUCUUGGGAAGAGAGAAGUUCAAAGGCUGCAUGUCCAAUCUUUACACAAGACGGCCAGGCAAUCUAUACAAGGCUGAGGACUUUAGCUCCUUCCAGACUUCUGGAGAUGUCCUGCUGGAUGUUUGUACUGCUGACAGUCUUGCUCAACUGAUGCUAGACAGCACUUCUAGGAAGGAUGCUGCGAUGCAGGUGAUAAAUGAGAGCGUAUCGGCAUGUGCACUGCCUGCCCUAGUUCCCUUUGCUUAUCGAAUGGGGGGCCCUGUUAGCAGCCUGAGCUACAGCCUUCCACUGCAGGUCCUGCAGCCCAGACCACACUUCUCUCUGGAUGUCAAGACUCGGUCUCCUGAAGGACUGUUGUUCUUUGCAGCUACCAGAGGGGGGCAAUCUCAUCUUGCUUUAUACAUGUCCAAGGGCAGGAUCAGACUGUCUGUAGGCAAACAAAAGGAGAUCUUCAAUCGGGAGAAAUACAAUGAUGGAAAGUGGCACUCGGUGAUAUUCAGUUUGGAGAAAAAGAAAUUUCGAUUGGUUGUAGAUGGGAUCAGAGCCCAGGAUGGUCAGCUAACAAGUACUGAAUUGGCAUCCAUGCAGCAAUUCAUGUCACCUGUGUACCUGGGCAGUGUCCCAGGGCCGCUUCACAAACUGCUCAAGUUGAAGGCCCUCCCGAAGCAAAGUGUAUCCGGCUGUGUCCGCAACUUCAAAAUGAACGGAGCAUCAAUGUCAAAUCCAACCACAAACCAUGGUGCUGGCCCCUGCUUUGAGGGACAGACACAAAGAGGGGCUUAUUUCUCAGGGAAUGGGGCACAUGUUAUUAUCAAUGACUCCUUUGUUGUGGGAUCCAGCUUUGAGCUGCUGUUUAAUAUUCGUCCACGAAAUCUGACUGGACUCCUGCUACAUGUUGGUGAUGCCAGCAGGACCCAAUAUGGACCCGGGAUGGGGCACUACCUCAGUAUCUACAUGCUCAGAGGAGAGGUUGUGGCACAAGUUAACAAUGGAAAGGGGGAAUUCAUGGUGUCAGUAAAGCCAAAAGCUUCUUUAUGUGAUGGAUUGGUUCAUAAAAUUUCAGUAAUAAAGAGGAAAAAUGUUGUGCAAUUGCAUGUGGACACCACAGACAAUUACAAGAUUGGACCACCAGCUUCCACUACCACUUUGACCAAAGACCCCCUGUAUGUGGGCGGCAUGCCUGAGACGUCAGUGCAGCAGAUGCUCCCCGUCACAUCGUCGUUUGUGGGAUGCAUCCAGGACAUGAGGAUCAAUGGGGACUUGAUCUCUUUUGAGAAGCUUUCUGGUCUGUUUGGUCCUGUCAACAUCAAAGAGUGUCCAGGUUGAACACAAGCGCCUCACUGCAUCAUCAGUAAACAAACCCUGGGACCAGGUCCUCUGCCAACCAUGUGCAAUCUGUUACCAAGACUGAGAAUAUGGUGGUGUGUAAGAAUGUACAGUGGCAUGAAAAAGUAUGUGAACCCCUUGAAAUUGUGAUCUGACCUUCACCUAAGUAACAAAUACAGAAAAACACAAUGCUUAUUAAGCUAUUAACAAACAAUUUAAAUUUUGCAUUUCUUUAUUAAACACACCAAUUAAACAGUCAGUGCAGGUGAAAAAAAUACUUUAAGUGAAGCCUUGGUUUUAAUAACUGGCUAAACCUGCUUUAGCAGGAGUAACCUCAAACUAGCACUCCUGGUAGCUGUGUCUCAGACCUGCACAAUGUUCAGGAGGAAUUCUGGGCCUUUCUUCCUCACAGAACUGCUUCAGCCUAUGUUCUUAGGGUGUCUAGUGUGCAUGGCUCCCUGUCAUUCCAUAACAUCUCUGUUGGGUUGAGGUUGGGCUCUGACUGGGUCGCUCCAAAAGGCAGAUUUUCUUGGUCUGAAGUCAUUAUGUAGCAGAUCUACAUUCACGUUAAGGAUCACUUUCCUGCUGCAUCACUUAGCUUUUACUGAGCCUCAGCUGGUGGACAGCUGCCCUGACAUUAUAUUGUGAGAAACCAUGAUAAACUUGAUGAUGGCAUGCUGUGCAAUCCCAAAGGCAGAAAAACAGUCCCAAAUCAUGAUGCUCCACCCAGUGUACUUCACCUUUAGGAUGAGGGUUUCAUGUUGGUAUUCAGUGCACUUUUUACACCAUAUGUGGUGCUGUGUGUUCUUCCUAAACAAUUCAACCUUAGUUUCAUCAGUCCACAAACCAAAGUGCUUAAUAUGUGCUUUUGGGGCUUCCUUUCUAGUGUCCUGCCAUGCACGCCACGCUCCAUUCAGCUAUGCACCAUGAUUUGUAUAUGGUAGACUCAUGAACAGAGAUGGUAGUCAGCGCCAGUGAUUCAUUUAAGCUGAUUUUUCUUUUAUGUAGCUCUAACCCACACCUCCAGUUGUGUUUCUUUGACUGGACUACAGGUUUGCUAAUUCCUGACUCCAUUUAACCUAUUGUCCAUUUACUCCUAUUGUUUUUAUAUCAUUAGCCUAGGUGUUCCCAUGUUUUUAAAGCUACAUUGUGAAUGCCUGAAUGAUGUAUUCAGUAUGUAAAUAUGAACAUAUGUAGUAUAAGAACAAUACAUUGAGGUGUGUAUUAUUAGUUCAAAUAAACUGUUUUUAUUUGUAACUUAGAGGAAGAUCUGACCAUAUUUUAAGAUAAAAUUGUACAUAAAUACUGUAAUUCCAAAGGGUCCAUUUACAUUUCUUGGCCAUGCUGUACUUAUAUUUUGAGGAGUGUCUUUCAGUGUGUGUGUGUGUGAGUGAGAGAAAGAGUUUAUGAAUAUGAGUGUAUGAGCAGAAUUUUACAAAUUCAAAAUUAUUGCUGUUCUGUUAAACAUUUCUGUAUUUUUGUGAUAAAAUCUCAGCACUGAUUCAUGAAUGCAUAUUCUAACAGUUUUACAGUCUGAUAUGUUGGUCCAUUAAUUCUCUGUCAACAACCAAAUCCUACUGAAUAUGGUUGUGAUCUGUCAGCACUGCAGUUUGAGAAACUCAGCACUUUAAGAAUACAAAUAGUGCUUCUUGUGAUGGUGCUUCAAUGGAGAUGAACAUUAUUAACUCAUGUUCUUUUUUUCUUUGUUUGUUGGACUCUAAAGUUUACACCCAUGGUGCUCAAUUCAGUGGCAUUCAGGGGUUUCCACACUAUUUAUAUUCAAAUUCACAUGCCAGUAUGUACAAUUCUGGAUUUUAACUGGUUUAACCAACAUGGCAUCUUCACAGAAGCCAUGAAGACACAUGGUUUUUCCUAGAUUGCAUUCAUUUUAUCCUGAAUUAAUUUUCAAUCUUGCAUUCCCUUUGCAUGCAUGAAGGUUUUUGGUGCAGCUGUUAAUGUUAGUUGCAUAAGAAAACAACGAUUUUGUAUCUAAGUUAACAACAACAACAAUAUUCCAUUAGAAUAAGUCUAGAAAUUUUGGUCAGUCACAUUAGGGACCAUUCAGCCCAUAUUACUGCACUAUUAAAAGGAAUUUACACAAAAACAAAAAUGUAUUUGACAUACUUAAAUUCCCCAGCAAAUGUUUACUUUUCUGCUUUGUACAUUUAUGCCAAAAAUGUGUGAUAUGUGGAAAAAAAUGCAUGAUUGCACAUAUUUGUACAUGCAUUCCUGUGUUGUGAACACUGAUUUGUAAACCACAUUGUCUUUCCAAGUAAUGUUCUCAGCGCCAUAAGUAGGUUUUUGAAAAUAUCUUGAUUUGUUUUCAUGCGGACAACUCACUUUGUUUCAUUUAUGGUGGAUUUAUUGUUGAAAUAUACUCAGAAAGGUGUAUACUUUGAUUUUAGGAUUAUAUAAAUAUAAGUUUCUGUUUCUAUGAAUAGGUU